UGCUACUAUAUAAUGAUCAAGUCACUUUCUGCACAAAUAAGCAAGUGGAGAUGUUACGUUGGGUGCUUGGUUUAUUGGGCUUGGCUAUACAAAGUCUGUUAUGACUCUAAAACUUUUACCUCAUUUAACAUUGAUUCUGUUUCUUGGGAGAAUUACAUAUUGUGAAUGAAAGGCACAAGCAGGGAACAUAUGUGUAGCUGCGUUCGACUCGACAUGUAGCAGUAUCUGCAGAUCCGCUGAUCCCAUUGUGGAGGUUAACAUGCAAUGUGUUGACCUGGAAAUCAUUAUUUGGAAGCUACAUUUCGAGGCAUUUCCUCAACAUAUAAAUAGACCAUAGACAGAGUUUGAUAUUUAUAAUACUCAGUGAUCAUAGAGUAUGCAAAAAACAGUCCUUUUGCAUAUUCUAUAUGGAACCAAGAGAUAUGUCCUUUGUUUGAUGAUUGUAUUAUGAUAGAUACUAACAUAGGAGAUGACUAGAGAAAGAGAAAUGAGUAUGAAACUCUUAUAUGAGUAGCUUUUGUAAACACAUUUGGGUUUAUUAACAGUUGUGACAAACAAUUAUGUUUAUAGUAAAGGAAACCCGCCGCAGCGUCAAUAACAAAUGCACCUGUUUUUUUGUUGUUUAGGAUUAAAAUAGCUUAUGAGUUUUCUAAAUUAAUAUAAUUGAUUUGACUAAAGCUAUCUUGGAUGAAAAAAAGAAGGAUUGCAAGUUUAAUAACUUCUACUUUAUACUUUAAUUUCAACUAAAUUAUAAUCAGUCUUUUAUUCAUAUCAUCUUAGUUAUAAUCGUAAGAAUUUAUUAGAAUAAAUAAACAGUUUCAACAAUAUUUAAUAUGUGAUUUAAUAAACAAAAGAACAUGUAGGAUUUUUAGGAUUUAAAGAGUUUGGAGACAAUAAUUAAUGAAUAUGAAAAGAAUACGAAGCAGAUGAUGAAAAAUGAUUCGAACAAAUUAGUGGCAACACAGAGCUAACCGAGAUAAAAAUAUCAAUCAAUAAAGAAUGAAAGAAGAAUGAGCAGGGUUAAGUUAUUACACAAGCCAAAACUAAGACAAAUCAAACGACAAAACGUGAAAACAAAUGUAAACAAGACAAGAGGAGAUGGUGAAGAUAAAAUGCAUUGAAAAACUGAAUGCUAGAUUAGUAAGCAAGAGACAAAAAAAGAUUAAAAUGCAAAAACCAUGCGCCUUGGCGCGGGUAACGAUGCCUAGUAUAUAUAACAGCCUCGUGAAUCACAAAGUUAAUAUCAUAUUCAUCUCUUCUUAUCUCUCACAAAGAAAACAAAAGCAUGAAGUUCUUCGUUUCAGUUGUAAUGUUCUUUCUCCUCUUAAACUGUUUCACAGCCGCGCAAACCUUGAUUCGAGAUUCUUGCAAAACAGCUGCAGCAAAAGACCCUAAUCUCAAAUAUGAUCUUUGCGUCCAAUCAUUUGAACAAGAUCCGCAAAGCAAAAGUGCAACUAGUCUAUCAGGAUUGGUCUUAGCGUCAACGAAUAACGCUGCGUCCAAAACAAUUAACGUGAAAGGGAUAGUUGAGACUAUUCUCAAGAGCAAAAAAUAUGCACCGGGUACUGAAUCCACGAUACGCACUUGCGUAAAGCUUUAUGACGAUGCUAAUGAUUCUUUAAAAGAAGCUUUGACGAACGUUAAAUCCGGUGAUUACAGAAGUGCUAAUGUGCAUCUGAGUGCUGCUUUGGAUGAACCGGGCACUUGUGAAGAUGGUUUCAAAGAGAAGCACGUGAAAUCUCCCGUUACAAACGAGAACAAUGUUUUGUUUCAGAAGAUUUUGAUUCCUUUAGCUUUUACAAAUAUGUUUUGAUGAAAUUACCAUAAGUUUUUUUGUAUUAUGUAAUAUGGAUUUUUCGUUUACCUAAUAAUAAAUUUAAGAGCAAAGGAACAUUUUUUCAUUGGAAAUUUUUGCUACUAUUUGAAUUUUUUAUUUUUUAAAAAGUAAAAAUAAUAUCUGCAAAAAAAAAAUUUUAAUACUCCACUGUCUUAGCGGAAAAAAUCAACACAGUAUGUUAUUAUAAUUAUAUAGCUAUGAUUUAGGAAUAGUAAACGUUAUUUUAUUGAAAUGCUUAAAUUAUGCUAUUGUUAUGAUUAAGAGGUCAGUAAUCAUCAAUGCAUAGCAUAUAUACUAUAUGAAUACGCAUGAUGAUGUGAUCAUCACCAUUUUGUUUUUAUGUUCCACUCUCUCGGCAAAUGGAAACAUUUAUGAUUCUACUUUUUGUAAGUUACACAAGGUAAACUAUAUUGUUGCACAUCCGAACUUCUCUGUGUUCUACUUUCACUUAAGAUCAAAUGAUAGUAGUAUAUGUCCCGGGCUUCUUUACCAACAUAUCUCAAUCCAGUAUUCAUCAAUGAAAGCUGAGAGGCUGAUACCAUCUUUCAUAACAUGUUGAAUCUAUCAAAAUUGUUCACUUUGGGACAUUUUCUGAUUGUACCGUAUGGACUUGCUCUGCCUUUAGGGAGUAAUGAUGUUGAACUACAGGAGAUUGACACUGAGCAUAGGACUCUGUCAAGUUGGACGUGACCUGAGGAAUAUAGUGGUUUGAGUUUUCAUAAUCUGGACUAGACAAGACUAAUAGCUGAGCCCUCAAGAACACUUCUCAUGAGGUUCCUCAGUUGUUAUUUUAUCUGUGUAUUUUUUUAAUAAAUUCAUCUUCCUAUCUUCAUGGAUUACUUCUGUCAUGUUUUGUUUCUAACCGGAACUUAUCUGCAUUAGAUGUUCAUUCUUCCUCUGUAUACCUCUGUUCCAAUGAGCAAACUCAACAAAUUCAUGACUUAUCCAAAGACCUUAAGGUUAACUAUUAUAGCCUUUG